CCUCAUUUGAGUGGCCUACAUGUACUGUAGCUCCUGGCUGACACAACAUCUUGGACAUAGGAAAUAUUUAUUCUCAGGAUCCUAAGAAGACAUGGAGGAAAUGAAACAUCUAAUGAUUCUACUGAUGCUGGCAGGACUAUUGGGGACAGCAUCAGCCCAAAAUAUGUCAACAAUAGCCGCUCCUAAUGCAACUUUCGCAACUGGCGCAACUGCCGCUCCUGCCGCUACCGCCGCAACCGCCGCUCCUGCCGCAACCGCCGCUCCUGCCGCAACUGCCGCAACUGCCGCUCCUGCCGCUACUGCAGCUACUGCCGCUCCUGCAGCUGCUGCAGCUACCUCCGCUCCUGCCGCAACUGCCGUUACUGCCGCUCCUGCCGCAACAGUCACUCCUGCCGCAACAGCCACUAGUGCAGCAACUGCCACAAAUGCCACAACAGGCACUCCUGCCGCAACUGCCACUCCUACGUCAGCUGCAACAACCACACCAGCAACUAACCCUCCUAGUCAAGGGACCCUGAAUCUUCGGUUCAGUCUCAACCAGCUGUUCACCUCAGAUCUCUCCAACCCGUCUUCCUCAGCUUUCCAGACUCUGGCUGCCACAGUGGUCUCGCAGGUGAACCAAGUGUUCUCCAAAACCCCUGGCUUCAUCCGUUCUUUUGUCAACUCAUUCAAGAGUGGAUCUGUAGUCACUGACAUGACCCUGCUGUUUGCCAACAACACUGUGGUUCCCAGCACCACCAGCGUCCAGGCAACCUUCACCAACAGUAACACCUCUCUGAACAUUGUACCUGGCAGCAUCACCGUUUCAACAACAAGUUCUGGAAAUUCUCCCAGACAAAGUGUCUUCUCUCUGGCGACCUUUCCUGUCACUUUGGCACUGCUUAUGGUACAGCUGCUGGCCAAUUUAUAGGGUCACUGCUUAUGGUACAUCUAUGGAUAGCUAAUAGCCUACCAUUGUCAAUGGUACUGCUGCUGGCUAACCAACAGCCUGGCAAUGCUAAUGAAACAGAUGCUGGCUAGCUAAUAUCCUGGUAGAGUAAAUGUGAAUAUUUAAAGUAAUCUUAAUGAAGUGAUAGAAUUUUUUUUAAAACAAUAACAAAAUGUUGAGUGACAGUAUUUCGACAUUAGAAAACAUUUCCUGUGUCGAAGUGUGACAUCAAAAUGCUGUUGUAUCAUUUGUUUACCUUUUAUAUUGAGUUACUAUUAUCAUAAUUCACUCUUUCAUAAUCAUAUUUACAUUUAAAUUCACCAAGAUCUUUAUAAUAUUUACAAAUAUUUAUUUUGGGCAUGUCACUGAAAAUCAUAUCAAUAUAUCAAUGUUUUAAAACAC